AUUAUUUUCUAUGUAAUUUAUUUGAAUAUUUUAGGUGUGGUAGAGGAGACGUUAACACCAUGGAGGGUAGACUGAGUUUUGCUGGACUCUCUAAUAAAUGGGAUACAGCACAGGAUGUUAAAGAGGCAGCAGAAGCUAUUCGCAAUUGCAAGGAUCUACGAUGUUUAAAAUUAGAAGCGAACACCCUCGGUGUGGAAGCGGCAAAAGUCAUGGGAGAUGCUUUGGCCGUUCACCCAGAGUUUGAACGAGCACACUGGAAAGAUCUCUUCACUGGGAGAUUGAAAACUGAGAUUCCAGAUGCACUGCGCCACCUCUUCUCUGGAUUGAUGCGGGCAGGAGCAAAGUUAAAGGAACUGGACUUGAGUGACAAUGCCUUGGGACCUGUUGGUGUGGAGGGCAUGGUGGAGUUUAUGAGCUCUCCGGUCUGUUACUCCCUUGAGGAAAUUCGUCUAAACAACAACGGUCUUGGUAUAAAAGGUGGAACGAUGCUGGCGCAGUCAUUAAUGAAGCUUGUAGAAAAUGCCAAGGCAGCUGGAGAGCCUCUUAAACUAAAGGUAUUCAUAUCAGGACGCAACAGGUUAGAGAUGGAAGGUGCACAAGUAUUUGCUGAAUUCUUCAAGGCUGUGGGGACCUUGGAGGAGGUUGCCAUGCCCCAGAAUGGUAUCUUUCAUAAAGGCAUUGCAGCCUUGGCUUUAGCCUUCAGUGUAAAUUCAAAUCUCCGAAUUAUUAACCUCAAUGAUAACACAUUUACUCCAAAAGGAGCACGAGUUAUGGCAGAAAAACUGCACCACAUGCAGAACCUGGAAGUUAUAAACUUUGGCGACUGUCUUAUUAAAACUGCUGGUGCCAAGUAUAUUGCGCAUGCACUGGCUUCUGAUCAUAAAAAAUUAAAGGAGCUGUACCUGGACAGCAAUGAAAUUGGACCUGAAGGUGGUCUUGCUAUUGCCACUGCCAUGACAAACAAAGAAGAACUUACUGUGCUUAAUCUGGACUAUAACCAGUUUGGUGAGGAGGGAAGGGAGAGCCUUGUGUUUGUACUGCAGGAAAUUGGCAACUUGGACUCUCUUGAAACUCUAGAAAAUGAUGAAGAUCUUGAGUGCGAUGAAAAGGAUGAUGAAGAUGAGGAUGACGAUGAUGAUGAUGACGACGACGACGACGAUGACGACGACGACGAUGACGACGACGAUGAUGAUGAUUGUGAAGAAGAGGAGGAGGAUGAAGAGGAAGAUAUACAGGAGGUAUCAGGUCCUGGGUUCAGCCCUCUUAGGCGAAAACAAGCAGUAGUAGCCCCUAUUAAGUGUACUGCAGCAGAGUUCUACAAACAGUCAACAGGAGGACGGUUGCUGGGGUUGGGAAAUUCAGGUCCCUCACAGUUGGUGGAGGAAGCCAGAAGAAUGGGAAAUGGUUCAGAUGAAGAUUUUAUAUUUUACUGUUUUGGCAUGUUCAUGAGAGCUGCAUCAAUGGCAACUGCAAAUAAUGAAGAGGUGCAGGAAGCUGUCAAGAAUACAACAGGACACCUAGCCAAAGCCAUAUUUACCAUUGCACAAAAUGGAGAUAUGUCAUCCAUUGCAACAAAUAAUCUUCUUGUCCAUCUCGGUCUUAUUAAGUGUGAGGAUAAAGAUUUCAUGUUGGCGUGGGACUUGCAAGGAUGUCUGAUGAUAUUGACCAACCUUGUGGCCUUGCCCCUCUUCCCUGCCCAGACCAAGAGUGCUCUUCAACUCUUCCUCUCCAGACCAAAUUUCAGAAUUGAUGCGUGUUCUAAGGAGAAGCACAUGUUGAUGCGAGCUUUGUUUCAAUAAUAUGGUGGGCUUAAGAUGCUGAAGAUGGAAGUGCUCACAAGACAAAGACAAAUUUUUUAUAGACUGUUUAGCAAUAUUUUUUUAUAUACAUUUUUUUUUUUACUCUACCUGUCGAGUAUGUUAUUUUCCUCCGACUUUAAAAUAAUUUGUUCACCCUAUGUUGACUGUGUAUGGAUGAUAUAAAACCUGACAUGAUUACAGCAGAUACUAAAUACUAUGUCCAGCCUUAUACUUCAUGAUGCUCUUCUGAUUUAGUGAACUUCUUUUGUGUUUCAUAGUUUUGUGUACAAGAUGACUACUAUGUGUGUGUUGUAGGGAACUGUGUGUGAUAUCAUUUUAAGAGUUCAUCAAUUCUUGUGACCUUUUGUUUUACUCAAUUCAUUUACCACCACAGUGUUGGUUGACAAGAAUGAAGAGUGACACACACAUACAUACACUCACCCUUUAUUAACUGCCAUUCAUUCAUUCUUUCUGAUAAUUUAAAUUAACUUAUAUAUUAUAAACAAAUGAAGUAUUUUUACACAUUGUGCCACAGUGUUUAGUGUAAGAUUUUACAAGUCAGGCUUUUAUAAUCAAAACUUCAAAAUUGUAAGCACAGGAUAUAACCUAAGUACUGUAUCAUGUUAGAUUUUAAGUCCUAUGAGAGGGUGUUGGUGGAAGUGUCAUAAAGUAACCAAGUACCUGUGCCUGUUAGAUCAAGUGUAUGCGAUGCCAAUCUAUUUUCAUCGCUGUCUUGUACUCUAUAAAAUUCUGUUGUUAACACCUUUCUUUGCUACUUUUGUUAACACCUUUCUUUACUUUCUGCCCUCCACAUUUACAAGCUAUGACACUUACUGGUCAGACUCAGACUAUCAUGGAUUACCUCCUUUACUCACUGUCAAUCAUUCCCUCUACCUGCUCUGCUUCUCAUCCACACACAGCUCCAAAACAUCAGUGUGGUUCAUCCCAGUUGUGGAAUUUCAGUGUUGAAGUUGCUGAAUGCUUUUUCUUCUAUUAGGAUGAUGAUUUUUUUUCAAUGAGUUUGUAAUUUUUUCAUUAAUUUACAUUUUCUUGUGACUUCAGCAGCUAUGAAGGUUAGAAAAUUAGAUACUGUACAAAAUUAUCGAGACAACAGCUUUUGACAAUGAAGUCCAAAGAUGUUAGCUAUAUAUAUUUAUUUCCUUACUGAAACAGAUAACUAAACUUAAGACAAACAUAUUCCUUUGAUAAAACAAAAUUAUAAGGCAAUUUGAAAGGGUAAAUUAAACAUGAGAUAGACAAAUUCCUUGGAUACUGAAACUCAUAAGGAAAAUCAUGUUAACAAUGAAAUACAGUUUUACCUUGUUUGUACAGUAUGUCAUCACUUUAUUUCUCAUGGAAUCUUUUAAUUAAACCAAUGGAAUAUAUACUGGUAUUUCGUGAUACAUUAUUUUUUUGGGGGUAUAAAUUUUUUGGGGGGUCGUGUAAUUCAAAGAUAACCAAAGAGAUUGUUCACAAAUAUAAAGACUGAGCACAUUAA